UGUAACAAAUUCAUCAGCGACAAGAAAACAAAUGCAAAGUUCCAACGAAAUCGAAAUUCGCAUUUGCUCUCCUUCUUCUUCUUCUUCUUCCUCUUCCUCGCAUCUCGCUCUCUCUUUAUUGAUUCUAUCUUCUUCUUCCUCCUGUAAUUUAUUCAAUCACGGACCAAAUUCAUGGAAAAUCAAAGCUUUUGAGUGAUGGUAGAUAGGUCGAAUCCAAGGAUCCAAGAUUAAGAGAAUCCGGGUCAUCAGUUUUGUAGAUCUCCGUUUUCUGUGGGGAUCGGACGGUGGAGAAGAUGCCGGAGACCGGAGACAUCGAUCGUCAGAUCGAGCAGCUGAUGGAGUGUAAGCCGUUAUCUGAGGCGGAGGUGAAGACGCUGUGUGAGCAAGCGAGGGCGAUUCUGGUGGAGGAGUGGAAUGUUCAGCCGGUGAAGUGUCCGGUCACCGUCUGCGGCGAUAUUCACGGCCAAUUUUACGAUCUCAUUGAGCUUUUUCGGAUCGGUGGUUCUGCGCCUGACACUAAUUAUCUUUUCAUGGGCGAUUAUGUAGAUCGAGGGUAUUAUUCUGUGGAGACAGUCUCGCUCUUGGUAGCUCUGAAAGUUCGCUAUAGAGAUAGACUUACGAUCCUAAGAGGGAAUCACGAAAGCCGGCAAAUUACUCAAGUGUAUGGAUUUUAUGAUGAAUGCUUGAGGAAAUAUGGAAAUGCUAAUGUCUGGAAGCACUUCACCGACCUUUUUGAUUACCUUCCCCUUACAGCUCUCAUCGAAAGUCAGGUAUUCUGUUUACAUGGAGGACUUUCACCUUCUUUAGAUACACUUGACAAUAUCCGAUCUUUAGAUCGAAUUCAAGAGGUUCCACAUGAAGGACCAAUGUGUGAUCUCUUGUGGUCCGAUCCAGAUGACCGAUGCGGUUGGGGGAUAUCUCCACGUGGUGCAGGCUACACUUUCGGACAAGACAUUGCUACUCAGUUUAACCACACCAAUGGACUCACUCUGAUUUCAAGAGCACACCAACUUGUCAUGGAAGGUUAUAAUUGGUGCCAAGAAAAGAACGUUGUGACUGUCUUUAGUGCCCCAAACUAUUGCUACCGAUGCGGCAACAUGGCUGCGAUUCUUGAGAUCGACGAGAACAUGGACCAGAAUUUCCUUCAGUUCGAUCCUGCGCCACGUCAAAUCGAACCUGAAACUACACGCAAGACUCCAGAUUAUUUUUUGUAAGUACCGGAAAAAAAGAAGAAGAAAAAAAAAAAACAUUCCACACACUAGCUAUAUUUUUCUCAUUUGCUUCUAUUCUUAACCUUUUUCCUGUAAUUUCAAUUUCUCUUCGUUAUACUCCUCAUCGUCUUGUUGUCUUAUUGAAUUUUUAAAUUAAGAAUGUGUAACUGAUACGAGCGUUACAAAAGAUUCUGGUCCAAGUAA